UAACAAAAUAAAGAUAUCUUUAUUUUUUAGUUCGAUCUACCACCAAAGUUCGUUUUACGAAUACCGGAUCGAGUUGCGCCAACGAGACAUCAACGGUACUAUUGUCAACAGAGGGUCAAUAUUGGUUCUCUAAUCCAGGAUCCAGGAAAUAUUUUUCAAUUAAUUAACAUUCGUGACUCGUUAACAUCCGCUUAUAAAACAAUAAGAUAAUUGUUGUAGCGUUUCAGAGCAUUUGUCGUUCUCGGAGUGUAAGCCUAUAAAACCAUGCUAGCAAGUACAAAAGUUGAACAACCGAUCCACAGGAGUGUCGUGUGCAAACCUUAUACAAAAGAUAAACUUAGUACAGUAGGCAUUAACAUCAUGAGUAUGGUUAAUGUAUUCGUUACCUUAAUGAUACUUUACUUACCUUACCUAACACUGGCAGAGGAACUGUUUUCUGGUCAAAUGGAACUGCGAAUAACGAGUCUCGGGGCUACAGAGUCGAUCAGAUGCACUAAAGAGAACCAAGGCAAUGAUUUGGUAGUAUGGAAUCAUAAUGAAGAGAACGUAAGCAUCAAUGAUAUUCUUUCUGCUUCUGACCCAGACCACAGGAAUAGAUAUAGCGUCCAGAGUGACGAUGCAAAUGGGCAUUACGAUCUACAAAUAAAAUACAUCAAACCCGAGGACACGGGAAUAUGGGAAUGUAAAUAUGGACCACAGAAACAAGUAGAACAUUUAAUCAAGUCGGUUAGUAUUGUAAUUCCACCAUAUGACGGUUUCCCAACAUGUGAUAUAUCAUCUUCUUCACCCAGUAUCAGUGUCGGAGACUCUUUUCAACUAACGUGUAACUCAGGUGGAGGUUUUCCACCUCCCACUCUCCGUUGGGUGCGAAACGGAGUCGAGUUGUCACGAACAAAUGAGGCAAAUGUUCUUGUGUUAGAUCGCUUAGCUGAACUUUCUGAUACCGAUGUACAAUAUUCGUGUGAAAUACAAAGCUUGGCGUUAAAGACGUCACGUAAUUGCACGCAGACCGUUACUGUUAAAGAAGGAUCAUCAUCAUCAAUCAUGUUCGACGCACUGGCGAUUUUCGGAAUAUUGUGCGGAGUGUUUCUUUUCUUUAUAAUUAUGAUGGCUAUAGCCUGGGGCAAUGGUCGUUCCAAGGCAAUCAAGCAAACAAAUGAAAAGAUUAGAAAAUCCACGGAGACAUUGGCGGAAACGAAUCCUAACUUGGUUCGCCCGUACUCGACUGUAACCCUCAGCAGUGUGGCAACAUUAAAUUAAUUGGUACGACAUCCCUGUAUGUAUGAGUGUUUUCCGUACGCCGUCUGUACGUUCAUACAUCGAUCAUACGGGAGGCUUAAAUUAAAAUAAACCAUUAAAAUGCUGGGACCAUGCAUUCAUUUGAUGGUCACGUUAGUAGGAUUCAAACAUAUUAACGACUAUAUCAAUUAUUUAAAGUCAAAUUACAAAAUGUAAUGUGGAGUUGAUUGGUAAUAAGAUGGUCGGUCACCUUCCAAUCCUGAAAAUAAAGACAGUAUUUAAAAAAAAAUUAAAAUAUCUUGUUUUAGUAUUAUUCCGUACACAAAUUAUAAACUACGUAAUAACGACGUCGUAUGAUGUAAGUGUGAUGUUAAUUAAUUUACUUUAUUUAUAUAUUAUUUAUUCAUACAGCUAUUAGCAUUUUUUCCAGUAUGUUAUUGUUAUAUAUAUAUAUAUAUAUAUACAUAUGUAUAUAUAUAUAAUAUUCCUGUUAUACAAUAGAUGGCUAAUAUUAUUCUUAAAAACGACUCUAUUUGUAACAAGAACACCAAUUUUCGGAACUAUAUACAAAAUCUGAGUAUAUUGUUAAGCUAAUAACAGUUAUCUUUAUAAAUUAUUGUAUAUAAGGUUCUUUUAUAUAUGUAUAUACAACGUUCAUCUUGUCAUUUUUAUUAUACAGAUUAAUGCAAUAAAUAUUUUAAACAAUUAUGAAAAUCAAAAAGCUGUUUUACUAGUUACUUGUUGCGUGUAUAGCGUUUUUCUCCACAAUAAGUUGAAAAAUUCCCCAGAGCAGAUCUUGCAUACAAACCAAUCACAACAAGGUUUGCAAAAUUAAAUGAUGCAAUGAAGCAGAAACUCAAAACAAAAGGGUUCGAUAAUUGAUUGAUGUGGAGAGUCGAAUGGCCGAGUGCGCGCUUAGGACAGCGGCGUAACUGGAUUGUGAGGGGCCCUGGUUCAAGAUUACAGUCAGGCCCCUGACACAUGUAAAUUGUCAACUAAGAUGUAUACAACCGAUGGGUUAGU